AUGCCCAAAAGGAGCGUUUGUAUUCCAUUCUGCAGGAGUGGGAUUAAGAAAGUUCACCGUUCUUUGUUACGUCAGGGUAAGUUGCCUUGGAGGCUCGAGCGCAGGGACUUGGAAAGCCCUGGGCGUAUAGCUGGACUGAUAACAAAGAACGAAAGUGGGUACGAUUAUCUCGUGAAGAGACCGUCCUCCGUCCUUGAAGAUCUAUUGUACGGUCUCAUACAGGUAUGUCUAAAUUUGGUUGAAAGGUAUGUCCCCAGGGUUCUUAAAAUUCCUUAUGAAUCUUGGACUUCCGUGGCUACCGCAAUCGCGGGAGUUAAGAAAAGCCCCUUCGAUUUCUUUGGGAACUCUUCGCAGUCUCCCUGUGGGAUAAGGCUUCUUUGCUUGGUGCUGAUGGUAACAGCCCGAGCCCGAGUUAGGCUUCAAGGAGGAAUUUUCGCUAUUCCAUGCCCAACGGCCUUAAACAGGCUUUAUUGCGGCCUGCUCAUGAUUGGCCUAUGGAUGGGACUUUUCAUCUGCAUAAAGCCUCUAGAUCGAUUACGUCGUAUUGAAAAAUUGUUUAGUUAUGAUUUCUCUUCUGCGACCGAUCGCUUCUCGCUUAAUGUUAAUAGUCUUAGACUGUCAUGUAUAUGGAAUUCUGAAGUCGCAAUGGCCUGGGUUGUUUCUGGUCUUGGGACAAAUGUUGUUUCUGUUCCUUGUCUAGUAGGGCCAAAAAAUAGUUUGUUUCAAUGCCGGGCAACCUCUUCUUGGCUUCUUUUCGCGCUUGCCCAUCAGUGGUGUGGUAUUGCGCGGAAAAGCUUUCUCCAGGGCAAUUUCUUCGGUGAUGAUAUCGUUAUCGGGGUUCAAAAUCUCUUUGGCGAAAACCUUGACGACUUCUUUUUGGCCUCCUUUCCAUGA